AUGUCGCUACAAGAGCAAUCGGAUCACCCGGAUGAGCUUCUAAACCAUCUACAAACCAUCAUCACCAAUUUCCUCCCCGACCUAAAACCCUUCGAAAAAAUAUAUCGCCAAAUCCACCAACACCCCGAACUAUCCGGUCAAGAAGAACAAACCGCCCAUCUAGCAGCCACCCACCUCCAAUCCCUCCACUAUGAAGUCCACACCAGCAUCGGCGGCCACGGCGUCGCAGGAAUCCUGCACAACGGCAAAGGUCCCACCAUCCUCCUCCGCGCAGACAUGGACGCCCUCCCCGUAGAAGAAAAGACCAAUCUUCCCUACGCCAGCAUUCGCUUCGUCAACGACGAAUCCGGAUCCCGCACACCCGUCAUGCACGCUUGCGGCCACGAUAUGCACGUCACCAGCCUCCUAGCCACAACCAGUCUUCUCCACGCCGCGCGCGACCACUGGCGCGGCACGCUAAUAUGCGUAUUCCAACCAUCCGAGGAACGACUAAACGGCGCACGGGCUAUGCUAGACGACGGGCUCUACGAAAAAGUGCCUCGACCGGAUAUCGUCCUCGCGCAGCAUGUCAUGCGCAUGCGCGCGGGCACAGUCAACAUCCAAUCUGGACCGCUUCUCACCGCGGCAGAUGCGUUUGACAUUCGCAUUUUCGGGCGCGGGGGACACGGGUCUGCGCCGCAGAAUACCAUUGAUCCGAUUGUUAUCGGGGCGUCGGUUGUUAUGCGGCUGCAGACGAUUGUGUCGAGGGAGGUUGCUCCUGGGGAAGUGGCGGUUGUUUCGUGCGGGAGUAUUCGGGGUGGGAAUUCGGCGAAUACGAUUCCUGAUUAUUUGGAUUUGCAGGUUACCGUGCGGACGUUUAGGGAGGAUGUUAGGGGGAAGGUAUGUGAGGCGAUUUGUCGGAUUGUUGAGGGGGAGUGUUUGGUUGCUGGGGCUGUGGAGAAACCUAGGAUUACGAGGGUUGUUGCGUCGCCGGCGACUGUUAAUGAUGAGGGGAGUGUGGGGAGGUUGAGGGGUGUGUUUGGGGGGUAUUUUGGGGAUGCGUUGGUUGGGAUGGAGGCGCCUAGUGCUAGUGAGGAUUUCUCGUUGCUGGCGACGGCUGUUGGGGCGCCGUAUGUGAUGUGGAUGUUUGGGGGUGUGGAGGAGAAGACUUGGGAUGAGGCUGUUGCGAAGGGUACGGUGAAUGAAUUGCCUAGUAAUCAUUCGCCUUACUUUGCGCCGGUGAUUCAACCGACUCUGCGGACGGGAGUGGAUGCUAUGGCUCUUGGAGCGUUGACUUUCUUGGGACGGAAAUGA